AUGAAUUGUCCACAUUUAAUUUAUUUAGUAGGAGAUACUAAACAGGAGAAAAUAUUUAAUUUAGAAUUCGAUGAAGAUACGAUGUCAGAACUAAUCAAGAAUAUCUUUUAUAUUCAAGUAUCACUGUAUGAUGAAGUCUUAUUAGAUAUAGCAUACAGGUCAUUAGAUAAUUACCAAAAUAUGUAUUUCAUAAAAAUAAAAGAUCAAGAAUAUCAUUUAAAAGCAAAAUCAGUUGGGAUAGAAAGAUAUAAUAUAUGUGAUACAGAUGAUAUAUUAAAUGUUUUAUUUUUUACUUCCAAUGAUAUUUACAGCUGUGAGAAUAUUCGCCAUAUUCCAGAAAUAGAUAUCUUUGAUACACGAAGUUCUGUAUAUAUUCAUAAAAAGUAUAAUAUAACUCUACCUGAAGAUUUAUUCGAAGUUAUCGAAAUAGAUAAUGAAAAUGAAAUUAUGGAAAUUGAGCAUAAAAGAGAUCAUUUUUACAAGAAUAUUUAUUUAUACAUAAAUGAUGAAAAUAAAAUUAUAAUGAGAAAUAUAAGAGAUAGUUUUAAUAAAAUCAGAGAAUUUGAUUCUAUUAACGAUGAAGUUAUAAAUAUUAUAAGAGAUGAGGAUGGAAGUAGAUGGUGA